GAAGCAAAAUGGCGGACGUUAGUUCACCAAAUCCAAGUAGUGAACCCGAAAAACCUACCAUAGAAUCGUCUGAUUCGUCUGCUGCAGAGUUGCAAAAGAGAAUUUCAGAUUCUUUUGAUAUAUUUGAUCACGAAUCUAACAAAACUGUUGACGUUAGAGAGGUUGGGACGAUUGUAAGAUCGCUGAAGUGUUGUCCUACUGAGGGAGAGCUUCAUGACAUUUUAGCCGAGGUAGAGGAGGAAGAACCAACAGGAUACAUAAGAUUUGAAAAAUUUGAACCUGUUAUGUUAAAAACUCUUCUGGAGAGAAGAUACAAACCAGCACCUGAGGACCAAAUUAUGAAAGCAUUUGAAGUUCUAGAUCAAGAAAACAAAGGCUACCUUACUACAGAAGAACUUACAAAAUACAUGACUGAAGAAGGUGAACCUUUCACACAAGAGGAAAUGGAGGAAAUGCUUUCUGCUGCUGUUGACCCAGACAAAGGGAUUAUAUUUUAUAAGGAUUUUGUUUCAAUGAUGGUAGUAGAUGACUUGUAACAGGACAGAAUUGCAGAAAUUUCAUUUAACUGUGCAGGGUUGUCUAUUUUCAUGCCAGUUUUGUAUAGAUAGCUUAGAUUUAAUUUAUUGUGUGAUACCAAAAUGCCAUAGCUUCUCAAAGACACUUCAGUUUUUUAAGUUUGACUGAUACCAAAAGAUUUUUGUCUUUGUCUUGAAUAAAAGGAAAAUAUGUACCUAUACUACAAGAUACAUUUAAAUCUAAUGAUGGCACUGUAGUUAUGUAUAAAUAUUUUGAAUUUGUAUUAAA